UCUGAGGACGGAGUGAACUACGCACCCCAGAAUGCAACACGGGGAGUCAACAAGGUCCCGGGGCCGGUUUCAUCAGUUCUUGGGAAAUGGAGUCCAACAUACCUCGAAACAUAACGCCCCAGGGUAUCCUUGAGACUCCAUUCCCCAGCAAGCUCAGCGCGUAGCGCUCAUUAUGGAGCCGCAAGUCGCCGAGCUGAAGCUGAAGAUUGAGAACACGUUGUGCCCCUUUGGCUUCGAGGUUUACCCCUUCCAGGUGGCAAGGUACAAUGCACUUCUACCUCCAGCUUUCCACCUGCCCCUGCCAGGACCUACCUUGGCUUUCCUGGUACUCAGCACACCUGCCAUGUUUGAGCGGGCCUUCAAGCCCUUCCUGCAGAGCUGCCACCUCCGACCUCUGACUGAUCCUGUGGACCAGUGUGUGGCCUACCACUUGGGACGAGUUAGAGAGAGCCUCCCAGAGCUACAGAUGGAAGUCAUUGCUGACUAUGAAGUACACCCCAACCGGCGCCCCAAGAUUCUGGCCCAGACAGCAGCCCAUGUGGCAGGAGCUGCGUACUACUACCAACGACGGGAUGUGGAGGCUGACCCCUGGGGGACCCAGCACAUAUCAGGUGUUUGUGUACACCCCCGAUUUGGGGGCUGGUUUGCCAUCCGGGGGGUGGUGCUGCUGCCAGGAAUACAGGUGCCAGAUCUGCCACCCACAGAGCCCCUCGACUGUGUACCCAAAAGAGCUGACAGAAUCACCCUGCUUGAAGGUUUCAAUUUCCAUUGGCAAGACUGGACUUACCGGGAUGUUGUGACACCCCAGGAGCGCUACUCUGAAGAGCAGAAGGCCUACUUUUCCACUCCACCUGCCCAGCGUUUGGCCUUACUAGGUUUGGCUCAGCCCGCUGAACCAUGCUCUGCAUCCCCUGAACUUCCUUUUACCACAUUCACACACAAGAAGCCUCAGAAUCCCAGCAGAGCUGGGAGCUGGCUCAACCCCAAGGACUCACCACUGCCAUCGACCAGUCCUUGAUACUCUCCUUCCCUAUGGAAACCCUAUUUAUGACAGAGGUACUAGGACUUAUUUAGCUUGCACAUACCUAGGGUUUAGUUUGGGUAUAAGAUGACUAUUUUUGAUAAAAUAUAGUAGAGAUCACCAAUGAAGGCUCAAGAGUAGUUUGGUCAAGAAAUCUAAAGCCAAGGGCAAAUCUAAAAUUCACACCUGCUUCAGAAUAUCGCACAACCAUUUUCUCUAGUGUUCCAAGAUGCUACUUAUUAACAGGCCUCAGGGGAAACCACCUUAUACAGUUGCCGUAGAAUGAGUAAAUAUAUGUAAAGAGCACUUCUGAAAUUGUUCCAAUAGCCUCUGCCUGCAAUUAUUGAAGGCCUUGGGAAUCCUGUGCUGCUACUUGUAGCUUUGAAUAGUGGAGAUUAUGGGAAAGUUGGGGUAGCUAAGUUGUCUGGAAGGGCACCACAUACUGUUCUGAAUUUUGCCCUAGGCCCCUUAACAGUCCAGGAAGGGGGCCUCCCUGGUGGCGCAGCGGGUUGAAUGCAGACUGUGAAGCUGUCCGCAGCCUCAGCAGUGGGGGUUCAAUCCCGGCCGGCCAGCAAGAAUCCCACAUGGUGCAGCAGACCUCUCCUGUAGUGCCCGCUGCUCCCCUUAGCAAUGUUUCAGUCAGUCUGCCUGUUCUGUUCCCCACUGUCUCUGAUGAAUCCUCUCACCCUCCCAUGCCUCUGGCCUAUACCCCAGCUCUUGUAUAAAAAUAAAUCUUUAAAAAAAAAAAGAGUCCAAGAAGAACCCGCCUUGUCCCCACUGACAACCUUCCUCAGAACAGUAUGAAUGAUGGCUAAAAUAAGAACUACCCGCAAAUCAAAGCUGAAACACAUGGAAAGUUGACACACAUCAUCAGUCCUGUCUAGCACCACCCAAGCCCCUAUCUUUCAGUCCCAGAAGUACAGAAAUCUGUAAUUCUGGUCUUUCACAGGGGCAGUGUUGGCAUUUAUCAGAAACGUCAAACUUCUGCUUCUCCUGCAGCCCUCCCAGUACUGAAAGGUAAAUGGUCCAAGUUGCAUCUCUGGGGCCUUUACCUGCAAUGCAAUCCAGCUAAUAGCAUAACUUGCAUUGCCUUCAUCAAUACUACAGAUCUUGCUCUUCUCUCCCAGAUGAAAUGAAAUAAAAUGUUAACAUCUUGGCAUACAUGUCCCCCUCAAUAUGGUAUCCUGAUUGAAACAGCACUUCUCAUUCGUUCCCUUUAAAAUUAAAUGCUAAUAAUGCCCAUUAAUAGGAAAAAUCAACCAAGUCUCAGUUUAAGUUUAAUAAAACUACAAAAGAUCAAAAGUGAUGACUCUACUAUACACAUAAGUUGGCCUACCCCACAGCACAACUAAGGCCAAUCUCUCCAAGGGAAGAAAGGCAGGCCCUCCCAACCCCUGUAGGAAAGACCUGUCCCAUCCCAUACCAUAUCUGAGCUGAGUCUAAGGUGUGUUUUAAGCAUGACAAUAACAGGAAGUUUGGUUCUUAGGACUGCUCACUGCAGCCUGGCCCUAAAAAUGGUCCAGGGCUCACUUCUGUUUAGAGAAAUAUUCUUUGCUCUUCUGGACAUCAGGCUUGAUGGUAUCACUACCAGGUUUCCAGCCGGCUGGACACACUGAAAAAGGAAGGUAUCAUUAAUUAAAUUCUUUCAAUAUAAUGGGGGCAGGGGGAUGGGACACGGGGGACAGACAGACUUCAUGACCUUAGACAAAUAUAUUCUUAAAUGAUACCAGAAGCACAAGGAAUAAAACUUGUACAUCAAGAAAGGGUAUCAAGAAAAUGAAGAUUCACAGAAUGAGAAAGUAUUUAUAUAUUGUUUCUAAGGUAUACCAAAAUCUAAAGAACCCCCACAGUUCAACAAGAUAAACCAAUUAAAAAAAUGGGCAAAGGCUGGCGGCCUCCCUGAUGGCGCAAGGGGUUAAGUACCGCACUAUGAAGCAAUCUGCAGCCCUUGCAGCACAAUUUCAAUCUCCGGAGGGCCAGGGAGCAACCCACAUGGUGCAGACCUCUCCUGUCUCGCCUGCUGCUCCCUCAGCAGUGUAUUUAAGUCUGCCUGUUCUGUUCUCCACUCUGUCUCUGGUGAAUCCUCACCCCCAUAUCUCUGGCCUGUACCCCAGCUC